AUGUUUUCAACAAGCUCUCAAAAGAAAUUCUGGACAUUCAGUGAUGAUAAUGAGCUGGCAAGUUUACGGGAAAAGCACAAUCUGGCGUAUAUAUAUAAGCAUGGUCAAAACAUUGAUGAAUUUCAACGGCACAGUUUCUUCUUAUCACCUGAAGAGGAAAGGCUACUUUUGAAGCAAUACGAGUUACAUUUAAAGGAGUUCUGCAAGCGAUUUAGUCCUCCAAUGCCAAAAGGAGUUAUUGGUACCGCUUUUCAUUAUUUCAAACGAUUUUACUUAUACAAUUCAACUAUGGACUAUCAUCCUAAAGAAAUCCUGGCUACUUGUGUGUAUUUAGCGUGUAAAGUGGAAGAAUUUAACGUAUCCAUAGGCCAGUUCGUUGCUAAUAUUAAAGGUGACAGGGAUAAGGCAUCAGACAUAAUUUUAAACAAUGAAUUAUUGUUGAUGCAACAAUUAAACUAUCAUUUAACGAUUCACAAUCCCUUUAGACCAGUAGAAGGCUUUCUAAUUGACAUUAAAACGAGAUGUAACUUAGCCAAUCCAGAGCGCUUGAGGGGCGGUAUCGAUGAGUUUCUAGAAAAAGUAUUUUUGACAGAUGCAUGUCUUAUCUAUGCUCCAUCACAGAUAGCGCUAGCAGCUGUGCUGCAUGCGGCAAGUAAAGAACAAGAAAACCUUGAUUGUUAUGUGACUGAGAUGUUAUUUCGACAUGCCGGGCAGGACAAGCUUGCGAUACUCAUUGAAGCUGUUCGAAAAAUCAGAUCGAUGGUGAAGAUGGUUGAAAGUCCUGCACGGGAAAAAGUUAGGAUAAUAGAAAAGAAGUUGGACAAGUGUAGAAAUCAAGAAAAUAAUCCUGACAGUGAGAUCUAUAAGAGGAGAAUGAGAGAGUUGUUGGAUGAAGAUGAUAUUCCUCAUACCGGGAGCAGCAGGAUGUCUUUGGAUACAAGUGGAGUUGCUCAAGUUCUUUCUCCCUCUGCGUCAUAG